UAUGAGAUAUGUGUGACAGUCAGGUGUUCACAGACACUGAAGUUUAUCUCUCUCGCUCGUCUGUUCUCCUCUCAGCUCACACACACUUGUUGAACAUGGGAUUUCUUCUCACCAAGAUGCUGGCUGUGUUCGGUGACAGAGAGCACAAAGUGGUCGUUGUGGGUUUGGACAACGCAGGAAAGACAACAAUCCUCUAUCAGUUUCUGACGAAGGAGGCAGUCCACACAUCACCCACCAUCGGCAGUAACGUGGAGGAGAUCAUCGUCAGUAACACGCACUUCUUAGUUUGGGAUAUCGGCGGGCAGGACAGCCUUCGAGCCAGCUGGUACUCCUACUACUUCAACACAGAGAUUGUCAUUCUGGUUGUGGAUAGCACGGACCGUGAACGCCUCACUGCCACUAAAGACGAGCUGCACCGAAUGCUCUCACAUGAGGACCUACAAAAUGCCGCAGUUCUCAUUUUGGCCAACAAACAGGACGUGAAGGGCUCCAUGACGGCGUCUGAGAUCUCCCAGUUCCUCACGCUCGACUCCAUCACAACACACUCCUGGCAUGUUCAAGCCUGCUGUGCCCUCACGGGAGAGGGUCUACCUGCCAGUCUAGACUGGAUGAAGUCACGGGUUGUCGCAAACUAGACAACACUGCAGUGGAACAAACUUCCUCAAACUGAGCCCACCUACAAGGCGCUGUGCGUUAGUGACAUUGCUUUGUGCAGACAUCGGGGUCUGUGACAGAGUCUACCUCGCCCCACACCUUCAGUACUUCCCAAACAAGCGAUGUGAGAGUCUGCAAGGAGCUACCUGAGCAUCAGAGUAACAUGGAUGACCUUACAGCGAGUUAACACACCCAAUGUCAGUAAUUCAGAGUCAGGUUGUAGAUUUCUGAAGUGUUAAAUACAACUUGCUUUCACAGUUGUGGUUUGAAUUGCUGCAAAGUUAGGAAGUAUUUUGUGUACAUUUAGGUUUAUUUAAGUGCAGAGGUGUACAACGUUUCAGUUAAAUAUCUCACCUGACAGGUAAGACCACAUUUUACUUUGAACUUAUGGAGGGAAUUUACAAGUGCACUAGUAUUCUGGCCAUGAUUGGGGUUUUGGAGAGUGGAGAAUACAAGUUAGGUGUCAAAGUUUAGUAAACAUGAACACUGUUUUGUUGGUACUAUAAAUAGUGACUGAGACAGUCAGAAAUCUGGACUCACCUUCAUUCAAAACAGGAUAAGACCCAAAGCCAGGAUACCAGUGUGGAAACACGCUUUACUUGAUUGACGUAAAAAUGAUAACUUAGUAUCAUGCACCUGAACCUGUCCUUCUGCAACCUUAAUAAGCAUCUCACAAGUUAAAACCGACUUUUGGAUCAAAAGGGGAGUUUUUUAAUUCCCAAGUAUCAAAUCUCUAGAAUAGAUUUUUGCACAACAACUUAGAGACUCUGCAAUGUUGCUACACAAGACUACUCCUGAUGUAUAUAAUUCUAUUUUAUGCCAAUGAACAACUGAAGACUUUUGCUACCUAAAGAUGUUUAGUAAUUUAUUUAGGAAAUAAUAUCACUUGGACAAUUUACUCCAUAUUACAGCUAUUUCCUUGAGAGAGAAAAUAGCUAGCUGCUAAGGACUAUGAGUCAUAUUCAAAAGUAUAAAUUGCAUAUUGUGUAAUUAUUUUUAAAUAAAUAUUAUUGUUUUUUUU